UCCUUUCAGUAGUGACUAUCCUGAUCUGUGACAUACUGUUAAAGGCAGCAGAUAAGUGAAAAUUAAGUCAAUUUCAUGUUUAUAAAGAGGUAGUUCAAUUGAAAAAGAUUAUUAUAUUUUGUCAUAAUUUACUAACCCUUAUUUUCUGCUUUGUGGAACACAAAAUAAGAUAUUUUGAAAAAUGUUGGGACUCAAACAACAUUGGACCCCACUGACUUUCAUUGAAGAACAACUACCACGGAGACAUUUUUCAUUUGUAGGUGAAAUAUUAUUAAUAACUAGACCUAGAAAAAGAGGAUUUUGCUGGUUGAUGGUGUAGUUACAACAUUCACUAGCAGGGCUUAACCGUCCUAUGUUAACCAGCCAAACCUUGGUCCCAUGGCAUUUGAGGUGAAGUCAGUAAUUUAUGUGCUACUAGCAUCACCAAACAGAACUGGAAAAACACCCGAUAUUUCUCUGCCAAACUCGCGCCAAUGUUGUCGUUUUAGGCCAGUUGUUGGGAUGCUCAAAAAAUAGUGAUGUUUUGAUAGUGCCACAGUGUUUACACCUUUCAGGGGAAUCAAACUUAGCUGGGACAGGAGAAAGUAAAGUAGCAUUCAAAACAGCACACAUCACCUUAGGCUAAUGCUGCAGGACUGAAUGGCUGUGUACGUGUCAGUGUAGGAUAAUAAGUGCAAGAUGCUAUAAGGAGGUGCUCAGGCAGAUGUGCAUUAGCUAAUGUUGUCUGAACGCAGCUGGGUUGGGCAGGGCUAAUAGACAGACCAUAACACUGACAUCAUCAAGAGAGUGGGGGCAAGCUGGGCUGAGAGAGAGAGAGAGGGAAUGAAGAAGAGAGGGAGGGAUUAAGCAAGCCACAGUAAGGGACAGAGAGUAGCUGUCAGAAAGCAGAGAGAGAGAGAGAGGACGCAGGGCUAGACUCAGUCCGCACAGAACCUUGCGGAUUUCUCCUUUACUGCCACUGCAUCUUUCCUUUUCCCUUUCCCUUGCCAUCCCCCCUUCCCCUCCCUCUUUCCCCCACUGUCCUCUCCGCUCUGGACCGCUCCUCCGGGCAUGCUACUUAAGCCCAAGUAUGGCCGCUUCCGGAACGACUCUGUGACCUCCUCCGACGACCUGAUGCAGAGCCUGGCCAUGAGCGGGAAGGUGGUGGCCACACCAGUGGCCUCCUCGUCCGUGCCUGGCUUGGAGCUGCCACCCCUGGAGACCGCUGCCCUUCCUCCGCCUUCGGCCCAGGUGCUGGCCGACUCACCCGGGCUGGAUGGCGAGCAGGACGGGACCACCACCUUCUGUAUGCUCAUUCCCAAGAUGCCCCAAUGGAAGUUUUCCAACUCGUUGCUCAGCCGUAGCCCAUCCAAUAGCAGCUCCAGCUCCAAUUCCAGCAAGGAAUCCGGCAGGGCGCCUCCAACCGAUAGUUCCCCUGCUGCGGCUUUUGGGGGGGCGACUGCCCCCAGUGGUCCUGUGGCAAGUCUUGCAGCUGUGUUCAACUCCUGUGACCCUGUUUGUGUGGGUCCCUGUUCCCUACAGGCCGCCAGGAGGCAGAGGGCAAGUGCAAGAGAGUCCAGUGCAGGGGCCGCCGAGGGGAGUCCAGGGGGCUCUGGAAGCUUCAGGACCGGGAUGAACCGGAGGACAAGGGUGGAGGGAAUAUGGCUGGGAGAUAACUUCACCCAGAAGGGCAGCUUCAUCAACAAGCCCUCACAGGGGUGGUUGCACCCAGACAAAAAGAUCAGCAGCACGGGGGCUUCGUACAUUGUCAGGUACAUGGGCUGCAUUGAGGUUCUGAAAUCAAUGAGAUCUUUGGACUUCAGCACUAGGACACAAGUCACAAGGGAGGCCAUCAACAGGUUGUGUGAAGCUGUACCUGGAGGAAAAGCUGCCUGGAAGAAGAAAACCACCAACAAAACCCUCCAGUCUAUCAUGGGGAAGAGUAACCUACGUUUCGCUGGAAUGAGCAUUGGCGUCAACAUCUCCAUUGAUGGCUUGAGUCUACUCGUCCCCACCACACGACAGGUGAUUGCCCAUCACCCCAUGCAGUCCAUAUCUUUCGCCUCUGGUGGAGACUCGGAUACACCCGAUUACGUCGCCUAUGUGGCCAAAGACCCUGUCAAUCAAAGAGCGUGUCACAUCCUGGAGUGCUCUGAUGGUCUUGCCCAGAAUGUGAUCAGUACCAUCGGCCAGGCCUUCGAACUGCAGUUCAAACAGUAUCUACACAGCCCACCCAAAGCCAUUCCCACCAUGGAAAGGACUAUACGAACAGAAGAGUCGGCAUGGGGGGAUGACGAGGAAUCGUCUGAGCACGAUUACUACAACAGCAUCCCAGGGAAGGAGCCUCCCCUUGGGGGAGUGGUGGACUCUAGGCUCAGGCCUCCUGCGGGCCUAUUGGGUCACGUCCAUACACAACCACAGAGCAAAACCGCUCAGACGGGGUCACCGGCCAAAAGAGAUGCUUGCAGCCUCCCUGCCGCCCACUUGUGUUACGAAGUGCACUGGGACACAGAGAACAACAGCAGCUCAAGUUUGACUUCCGAUGGUUACCUACGAGCAGACGGUCGUCCUCCCAGCAGCCGCGAUUACGAGGAACACCUGUACGUAAACACUCAGAAUCUGGACAACAUGGAGGUUUCAAUGGACGCCCAAGGAGGACGCAGACCUGAGAGCCCGAAGAAAGAUAUUUUUGAUAUGAGGCCAUUUGAGGACGCUCUGCGUCUACAUGAGGCCAGUGGAGUUUGCGUACUGGAGGACAAGUGGCCAAGUCCCCCAAGACGCCGGGCCCCCGUCGCACCCACAGAGGACCAGCUCCGCCGGGAGAUGUGGUACCACGGCCGCAUGAGCCGCAGGGAUGCAGAGAAUCUGCUGGGCCGAGAUGGAGAUUUCCUGGUGCGGGACAGCGCCACUAACCCAGGCCAAUAUGUGCUGACUGGGAUGCAGUGUGGGCUUCCCAAACAUCUGCUGCUGGUGGAUCCAGAAGGAGUGGUUCGGACUAAAGACAUGCUUUUUGAGAGCAUCAGUCACCUGAUCAACUACCACCUGUCGAACAAGCUGCCAAUUGUUGCAGCGGAGAGUGAGUUACACCUCCAGCAGGUGGUCUGCAGAAAGCAUUGACCUACAUUUGAAGCCCAUAUACAUGGGUGCAAGGCCGUCCCCUGUGCCGCCAAUUUGAGGCCCCACACUAUUGCCUUAAACACAGACUUUGAGCUUCCACUGGGACUUGUGGGAUAUCCCUGUUCCUUAGGCACUGACCACAAACGGCUUUCAGCAUGCCUUGUUCAAUCGACCCCUUCUUCAACAGAGAAGACCCCAACUGAGAGUUUGGUGUUGGGAAAUAAAGUGCUUGUGAACACUGAUUUUCCCAACAGACUGUUCUUGUUCCUGUCAGAAAUGUGAACUCAUGAGAAACACAUGAGACAAACAGUCUUAUUCCCUUCCUUUACAUCUGUACGAGCGUUCGUCGUCCUUUAUUAAUGUGUUCGGCUGAUCUUUUCUGAGGGUCACCUCUGAAACUCUGGACAUCAGUGUGUUGUUGUGCUUACCAAUGGUUUGCUCUCAGGAUGCAGUAUUUGUUAAGGACAUUGCGUAAAGCUCAUAAGCUCAGUCGCUCUAAUGCAGUCAUAUCAAAUGCACAUGUUUAAUUUAUGAACUCAGGACCAAACGUUUGGGUCAUGCUCAUGUGAUAUUGCCCGUUUUUAAACGAUAGUGUUCCAGACAUGAAUUAUACUUCACAAUUACAAAUUUUGCAUUUCUCUUUUGUGUUUAGUCACAUCAACAAAUGCCCACAAUGUGCAGAGUUUCAUUUAAAGGUGCAUUUGGUAGUUUCUUUGGUGAAGAGUCAUUUGAUUGGUGUACACUCACAUGAGAAGACUGAAGGAGUUCACAUGAAAGGUGAAAGAUUUGCCUGCGCAGAUUUUGCAGCAGGGUCAUGUAGAUUCAUUCACCGCAUUGAUGAACAGAAAAUUACUUGGUUUGAAAAUGAUUCGGUGUGAGCUGCGCUUCAUUCAUUUUGCUGAUAUUUUGAAAAUGUGACCGCGUCUUCUACUCAAUGGUUUGCUACUCAAAACUAGCCCAAUGGCGUUUCAGGGGGGUCCCCCAGUAAAAAUGAAGUUCCAGUGGGUAAAAUCCACGUUUUUGGCGGGGUUCAACCUCUGGUAAAAUUGGUCAUGCUAUUUGGGUUCGAUUCAACCCGCGGACAUGAAAAACAACCCGCGGCAACAGUGUAAAAAUAGGCCAAUUCCACAGGAAAACCGCGGACUUGGCAACACUGGAUAUAACGUUAAUAAUAGCGGUGUAGUUCGGUGAUGUGAUAAACGAAAAUUAGACAAUGAAACACUUAUUAUCAGUGGGAAAAAAAUGGGAGAAUCACUACCUCACGGCUGAAGACGUAGUGAUACCAAAGUUGCUUGUUUACUCUGUGUAAACCACUCACUAGUAUCAGUGUAAUUUACACAUAAAACAUGGCAUGCAGCGUUUAAAAUACACAAAGACCAGCGAUGUUAAUGCUAACCCUGAACUACUGAAUGCACCUCAGUAUAUAUUGUUUUUUUGUUUAUAUGGACAUAUAAGUCAUCCACAAACAUUUUUCAUACAUUCCUAUAAAUAUUUUGUAAUGUGAAACCAUCUUAUUCCAACGUAAAAGCUGCUUUCUGGAAAAAUGUAGUCGGUAUAAAAUUGAAACCUGCCUUUAUAAAUGUCCAAAUAUUCUAGUUAUAUAAAAUGAAGUGUUUGGCUCACUACAGUGUAUUAAGAACCACGUUUUCUUUAUCCGAAGAGAAGAUUCCAGUGCCUUAAAAGUAUUUACUUUUUAUUUCAAAAACAUCCUUCCGCUUAUUUAGGUUGUAUACUUCCUUUCUGCAUUCCGGUUUCAGUUAUAAAGUUGUUGCAUACAGUAUGUAUGAGGCAUAAUUCGGAAUAGCAUACUAGCACACUACUAUUUCAGCCAUAUAUAUUUGCGGCAGAAACAGUUUUUAGGGUUUAGCUAGUUAAUAUAUUUCAGUUAGCGCCUGCUGAUAUAUGCUGUAGCGACACCAUUUGGGUUAAAAAAAAAACAUUUUUAACCACUGACAAACAUUUAAAAGUAGCUAUAAGUUAUUGCAAGCAACAUAUUGGCCUAAAUAACAAGUAUUUCAAAACAUACAGGACUCCUGCGCCAGCUGGGCAACUGACACUGAGAUAAAUGGGACUGCUAACGGCUAACUUCCUCCAGGUAUAAUAGACCUCAUUGCCAACACCAAAAACCACUUGCUUUACUUUCUCAGGAUGUUGUUUCUCUAUGCUGUGUUCCUCUAUGAUCUUAAAGCAUUCUCAAUAAACCUGAACAGGAAGGGAAAACUAUAA